GGCAAGUGUCACGGAAUGCCAUUCGUUUCGCGCGCGUCACAGCCGCAACAAGUGGUGCGUGAACAACACAAUUCCCCCGUCGAACGGAGUCGUCUCCACAGCAGUAAACCUCGGUGGUGUCCCAUAAAUUUCAACGAAACUUCAACGCGCUGAACGGGGUCACGAAAUUCGGUCCAGCAAACGACGAGACGAAGAUAGACGUUCGAGGAGACGCGUUGUCCAUGGAAGAAGACGUCCGUUGGAUUCUCCGGGACGCAAGAACGGCGCAACGAAAAUUUUCUGAGAGAUAAGGCGAAUUGCGUGUCUCACCACCAGGAAGAAAGGAAACUGGCCUAGCGAGCGACGAGGAAAACAAAGGAAAGAGAGGAAGGCGAUGAACCGAGCGAGACUGGCUCGCGCGAUGAUUUCAACGUUGUGAUACCGUUCAGCUGUGAUAUAUAUAUACACGUAUAUACAUAUAUAUUCGUAUACGUAAUUUUCAUUGUUCGGGAAAGCGCCGCGGGAAAACGAAAACAGUCAACAUGACGAACACCGUGCCAGAAAAGAAUGGCGACAUUCCGAACUCAGAGAAAUCAUCCCUGGUGGACUCUGCAGUACUUCCAAAGAUCCAACCCUCCGGUCAGAUAGAGGACGAAAAAACUGGGUUGGAAUUGAACGCGCACCAUGAUCUAGAAGGUAGUCAAAACAUCACGGGGAGUGUUGUCAAGCAGGUCCUAGCAGCACUGGUGGCCCAGCUUGGAACCAUCAACACGGGCAUGACCUUUGGUUUUUCUGCCAUCGCUGUACCGCAACUUACAGAACCAAAUAGUACAAUUCCCAUCACUGAAGGAUCGUCCGAGGAGUCAUGGAUAGCUAGCAUGUCCUCCAUCGGUACUCCCAUCGGCUGUUUUAUUUCGGGGUACAUGAUGGACGUCCUCGGAAGGAAGAAGUCCUUGAUCAUCACGGAAAUCCCUGCGUUACUCGGGUGGAUCUUAAUCGCAUGUGCAACCGACAUUCGCAUGAUAUACGCCGGGAGGUUCUUCGUGGGCCUCGGAUCGGGCAUGGUGGGCGCGCCAGCGCGUGUCUACACGGGAGAGGUCACUCAACCGCACCUGAGAGGGAUGUUGAUCGCUUUCGCGAGCAUCGGAGUCAGCACCGGUGUCCUGAUCGAGUACGCGUUAGGCAGCUUGCUCAGCUGGAAUAUUUGCGCGGCGAUCAGUGGAAUACUACCGCUCGCCGCGUUGCUGCUGAUGUUCUUCUUUCCGGAAACGCCAUCGUAUCUCAUAUCGCGCAGCAGACCGGAAAAAGCGCGGAAGGCUUUGCAACAGUUCCGCGGUAGCACGUGUAACAUCAAUCAAGAGAUGGAGACGCUUAUUAAUUUCUCGAAUAACAAUAACAUCAAGCGUCUCACAGGGUUCCGCGAAAUAAUGAGCGCCAUUUUGAAGCCUAACGCCCUGAAACCGUUUAUGUUGUUGUUCUUGUACUUCCUGAUAUACCAGUGGUCGGGUACAAAUGUGAUUACCUUUUACGCUGUAGAGAUCUUUCAAGAUUCAGGUUCGUCGUUAAAUAAGUACUUAGCCGCGGUGAUUCUCGGUGUAGUAAGAUUAGUAUUCACCAUUAUGGCCUGUGUCUUGUGCAGAAGAUGCGGGAGGAGACCGCUGACAAUGGUCUCUUCCAUCGGGUGCGGACUGUCUAUGGUAGGCUUAGGGGGUUAUAUGUGGUUAAAGGAAUAUUGGACUGCAAAUCAUCUUCCGCUUGUCGCUACUUGGUUCCCAAUUUUUUGUAUAUUUAUGUAUACCGUAACGUGUACUCUUGGCUUUCUUGUUAUACCGUGGGUAAUGAUAGGGGAAGUGUAUCCAACACAAGUGCGAGGUAUUAUUGGCGGGCUGACUACUAUGGCGGCCCACUUGUUUAUCUUUACUGUAGUGAAAACGUAUCCCUUCUUAGCCAGUACACUUACACGGCAUGGUACUUUCAUCACGUACGGUUGUAUAUCUUUAUUAGGUACAAUAUACUUUUAUCUGUGUCUACCUGAAACUAAAGGUAAAACGCUUCAGGAAAUAGAGGACUACUUUUCUGGUAGGAAUAGUAACUUAAGAACUGGCAGUAUAGGUAUCCACAAACCAAAGGUGUUGAAGGUGAACAAGGGUCAGGUGUUACCCUGAAAAAAUUUGUUUGAUAUCGAAACAUGUAGAUCGCAUAAUUUGUCUUCCAUUGAACAGAGAUAGGAAUUGGAAUUUCUCGUUGUUUUACUUUUGAACAUUGAUAUGAAUUUAUAUACCUUUAACGGGAAAACAAUGUUGAUUCAGAAAUUCGUCUUGCAACAAGACAGUGGAGCUGAUUAAGAGACUUGAGAAGGCAAUUAAGGUCAAUUGCAUGAUAUUAAGACUUCACUAUCGAUACUCUGUUUCUCAUUCUUAGGUAGGAUAAUUUUAUUAUUGAAUGUAUUUAUUGACUAAAGACUAUAAUUUAAAUCAUACUUGUCUCUCAAAGAAGAGGCACAGUAUAUUUUUAUAGAAAUUAAAUAUCACAACCCGUUCUAAAAUAUCAAAUAUACUCGUAAAUGAAUAUACUAGGUUUCUCGAGAAAUGCAUGCCCAGGGAAUUGUGCCUUCAUAUCUCGACAUACGCAUAAAUCGCAACAAGGUGCUAUUUAUUGUAUCAUAGUAUUAUAUAACAUUUGUACAUAUGUGAUCAAAAGACAGGACAUAAUUAAUAAAUAACUAUGUAAGUAAUGUUUUUAAACCGUGGUUUGACAAUGUACGCGGAUUUCUGCAACACAGUGUUUUAUAGAUAUAAAUUAAAGUUUUUAAUACAUUUAUUAAA